CCCGGCCGGCGGCGGGCGGCUGCUCCUCCCCCUCCGGGGCGGGGGCGGCGGCGCCACGUGACCCUCCCCGCCCCCCGCGGCCAGGCGUCUGCUGCUGGGGCCGGCUAGCGCAGGCCGGGGGGCGCGAUGGCGGCGGCGGGGUCCGGCGGCGGGCUCCCCCGCUGCGCGCGGGCGCUGCUGCUGGCGCUGCUGCUGCUGCUGGGCGCCCCGCCGGGCGGCCGCGCUCUGCACACCAAGGGCGCGCUGCCCCUCGACACCAUCACCUUCUACAAGGUCAUCCCCAAAAGCAAGUAUGUCCUGGUGAAGUUCGACACCCAGUAUCCCUACGGGGAAAAGCAGGACGAGUUCAAGGCGCUGGCGGGCGGCCUCCGGGACCUCCUGAUGGUGGGGAUCUCAGAUUACGGCGACAAGCUGAACCUGGAACUGGGUGAGAAGUACAAGCUCAGCAAGGACAGUUACCCGGCGUUCUACCUCUUCCAGAACGGGGACUUUGAGCACCCCGUGCCCUACGCGGGGCCGGUGAAGGUGGGCGCCAUCCAGCGCUGGCUGAAGGGCCAGGGCGUCUACCUGGGCAUGCCCGGCUGCCUGCUCCCCUACGACACGCUGGCUGCCCAGUUCCUGGGCGCCGCGGGGGCCGAGCAGCGGAAGGCCCUGAUGGAGCAGGGCCAGGCCAGCCUGGAGGGGGUCAAGGAGGCCGAGAAGAAGUGGGCCGAGCAGUACCUAAAGAUCAUGGGCAAGAUCCUGGACCAGGGUGAGGGCUUCGUGGCCACAGAGACGGCCAGGAUCUCCAAGCUGAUCGAGAAGAACAAGAUGAGCGAAGGGAAGAAGGAGGAGCUUCAGAAGACCCUCAACAUCCUCACCGCCUUCCAGAAGAAGGGCGAAGGCAGAGAAGAGCUCUGAGGAAGGCGCCGGGGGGCGGGAGCAGGAAGGAUCAGGAAUCUCGGGGGGCGAAUGGUGACCCAGGGGAGAGCUGUAAACCUGCCCCAGAGAAGGACCGGUGCUAAUCUCUAUAAUAAACAGUGCGCUGUCUGGGCCCCUGACUGUGAGUCUCUUCCGGCUUGGUAGACAGCCCCCUCCCCGCCCUCUCCCCUCCUCCUGCUGCCCAGGGGUUCCCUGCCCCCCAUUUUUGAUAGCAGUUGAGGGUGAUGAGCAUCAAGUGGGUCCGGAUUCGAAUCCCGUCCUGUCGCAGAUGGUCCCCCCUGGGAUCCCUGAUUCUGAGCAACCAAAGCUUCUCCGGGAGGCUGGGGUCACUGCGGGGUGUGAAUGGGAGGCAAGGAUGGACCCUGCUGUGUUUUCUGUGUCCCACUCUGUGGAACAAUAUAUUUUCUCACUUCCUGCACAGUC